UUGAAACAACAUUUACUCUGAUAUACAUGCAACUUUCUUUAAACAUGGCGCUGGCGAGUUCAAAGCUAAAUAUCAUAGUUGUGUUGGUCUUUUGUGUAUCUUAUGCACAAGCUGCAUGUACAUGUGAGAAAACUCCGCCUACUGGGAAUUGUGUUUGUCAGUCUGACAACUCAAAUCCUGCACAGUGUAAAGUCUGUUUAUGCGACCACAUAACAACGUAUGUGAAAGGACCUCCAGUCUGCUAUUGUAGACCUGGCUAUGCAGUCAGCAGCAGAGAUCACAAGAAAUGUGUAGACAUCGAUGAAUGCAACAGUCCAGAAGGAAAUCCAUGCCAGCAGAUCUGUACAAACACUGUUGGCAGCUUCUCAUGUUCAUGUAGUCCAGGUUACACCGUCAGCAGUACGAACCCCAACGCGUGUGAUGACAUCGAUGAAUGCAACAGUCCAGAAGGAAAUCCGUGCCAGCAGAUCUGUACCAACACUGUUGGCAGCUUCUUAUGUUCAUGUAGUCCAGGUUACACCGUAAGCAGUACGAACCCUAACGCGUGUGAUGACAUCGAUGAAUGCAACAGUCCAGAAGGAAAUCCGUGCCAGCAGAUCUGUACCAACACUGUUGGCAGCUUCUUAUGUUCAUGUAGUCCAGGUUACACCGUAAGCAGUACGAACCCUAACGCGUGUGAUGACAUCGAUGAAUGCAACAGUCCAGAAGGAAAUCCGUGCCAGCAGAUCUGUACAAACACUGUUGGCAGCUUCUCAUGUUCAUGUAGUCCAGGUUACACCGUAAGCAGUACAAACCCCAACGCGUGUGAUGACAUCGAUGAAUGCAACAGUCCAGAAGGAAAUCCGUGCCAGCAGAUCUGUACAAACACUGUUGGCAGCUUCUCAUGUUCAUGUAGUCCAGGUUACACCGUAAGCAGUACAAACCCCAACGCGUGUGAUGACAUCGAUGAAUGCAACAGUCCAGAAGGAAAUCCGUGCCAGCAGAUCUGUACAAACACUGUUGGCAGCUUCUUAUGUUCAUGUAGUCCAGGUUACACCGUCAGCAGUACGAACCCCAACGCGUGUGAUGACAUCGAUGAAUGCAACAGUCCAGAAGGAAAUCCGUGCCAGCAGAUCUGUACCAACACUGUUGGCAGCUUCUCGUGUUCAUGUAGUCCAAGUUACACCGUCAGCAGUACAAACCCCAACGAGUGUGUCUGUUACAAUGUUUUAAGCAGUAACACGCUCUCUGGUACAAUUAUUAGCCCCGACUACCCGCAGAAUUACCCUAAUGAUUUAACAUGCACUUGGAACUUACAAGCAAAUCCACUCAUGAUUAUCACCAUCAGAUUCUUAGAUUUUGAUUUAGAAACCUCAGACGACUGCAGGUUUGAUAGUUUGAAAGUCUAUAAUGGGACGUCAGAAACGGAUCCACUGCUUGCAGUUUACUGCGGUGAAAAUAUCCCUGAUCCAGUCAGUUCUACUAACGGUCUUUAUUUGGUAUUUAAAACAGAUUUUUCCGUAACUGGACGCGGAUUUGAAAUAGCUUACGCUUACGAAUCUAUUCUUGCAUCGAAUUAGUUACUAUGGGACACUCUGCUGAGCUCAUUAACUCACAAAUUGUACAUGUCUUGGUCUAGUAUCAUCGGGACUUUCAUACUUGCUUUCUAUGGUUUUUAUUUAAUGAUGUGGGAUGAUCAAGGGUUAUUUUAUUGUUUAAGAUGGAAAUGUAUUUUUUGUGAAGAAUAUAACUAUUUAUUAUUGUUUAAAAUAGCAGGGUUUAUAAGAUUUCAUAGUUUGAAAAAAGUAGGAUUUUUAAGUUAGGAAAAAUACCUAGUUGUUAGUAUGUGUACGUUUUUAUGAAUUAAACCAUGAUGUAU